GUAUAGCAGCUAUAUGGAAGAAGAAAAUGAACCGUUCAUAUACGAAGACAAGGCAAGCAAACAAACGUCUCGAUGAAACUCAGACUGUUGAGCUUGAUAUUUUAAUGGACACCCACCGCAGGGGUCUGCAUCGUGCCAGAAAGAAGGAUAGUCAUCAUAGUAAUGCGAGACGUUUGUUUUCUUGCUUUGCUUUGCGUCGGUUAUGGGCCCACGAUCGGAGGGGUCUUAAUCCUGCACAUUAACAGGUUGAUAGCCUGACUCUCGAUCAUUGAACAUCCGAUAGAUGAAGUAUCAAGUACCUAGUUACUUGGAUCCAGUUGUUCACUGCGGUUUGGCG